AUGAUGGGAUGCUGCCCCUUCAGCCCCAACAAGACCAAGUACGCGGGCUGCUACCCCUUCAUGCGCAAGAUUGGCUACGGCCACAUCUCAAAGGCGCUGAUCCUGAGCGGCUACCACUCCGGAUUGCUGCCGUGCGGCGGAGGCACGCCUACCUGGACCAACCUCGGCUGCAUCCCAAAGAAUCUGUGCUUCCUGUGCGAAUCCAACCCGACCUACCCAGACGACUCGUUUUAUUCGAAGCCGCCGGAGGACCGCAUGUACGUGACCAAGGCAGCAAACCUCUGGCGCUGCUUCUUCUGCGGGUACCUCCUGUGUGCCCCGGGCACCGUGUGCAACCACCGGGGGCAGUUCCUGCUCUGGAUGCUCUACAAGGGGGCGUACCAGAACGCGGACCCUGUGGGCUACCAGCCGGCGGUCUCCCCUGAGAACCCGGAGAUGGACCGCAUUUAGACGGUCUUCCCAGAGGGGAGGGGGACUGCCCGGCGGGAGCAGACAUAUGGGCAGGCAUCUGAUGCCUUCCUCCCACCUCUCGCCCGGUGCGCCCUGUGCAUGGACCUUAGUCGUUGCAGUCCCCGCAUGACCCUGAGUGUGCGGUCUGCCGGUCUCUCUUGAAAUCUCUCGCGUGUGCGGUGUGCAUGCGCGCGAGCCGGGUCACUGUGGUUGCACAACAACGAGUGCUGUGCAUAUGUGGAGUUGUGAUAGACCGCGGAGCUCCGCCCACGGACUCCGCGUAGCGCGUUGCUCCGUGUGGCGCAUAUUGUCGCGUGGGGUGCUCUCUGGUGAGUGAGACUCUCUCCCUCGAGGACUUGCCGUACACUGGUCUCUAGUCUCUACGGAUGUGGGCCGUC